AUGGAACAAGGCGCCCAGGCAAGGAACCAGCGGGCACCUCAACUGGAGAAGAGAGACUUCCAAGGAACAGGAGAACAACCGGUCACUCCAGUAGCGGCGAUUCAGACUGAGUCCGAAAGGACUAUUCCUAUCCCCUUGUCUGGAGUUGGUAGAAGAGUGAAGAGAGGGUGCAUGAAGAGAAGCUGUCCUUUUGGAGCAUUCCUGCGGAGAACACUCAAGGAGAACAGUCCUGAGACAGUUCUCGAGCGGAACAAGCAGACGGAGAGAUCCCGAGUAUAUGUUGAUGACUUGUUGAUAACAGGGUCUAAGACAGAGAUGAUAGAUGAGUUCAAAAGCAAUAUGUCGAACAAAUUCGAGAUGAGUGAUCUCGGUCUCUUAACCUAUUACCUCGGUAUUGAAGUGGUUCAAAGCAAUGAAGGAAUAUUUAUCAAACAAGCGAGCUAUGCAAAGAAAGUUCUUGAAGAAACAAGCAUGAUUGACUGCAAUGCAACACAGUUUCCUAUGGAUGCUGGUCUAAAACUUUCAAAGGCGGAGCAGGAGGCAAGCGUGGAUGAGAAGGAUUACCGCAGGGUCAUAGGGUGCUUGCGUUACUUGGUACAUACUCGAACGGACCUAUCGUAUUCCGUUGGAGUAAUAAGUAGGUAUAUGCAUGAACCUAAAACUUCGCAUUGGAUGGCUUUGAAACAAGUCCUAAGGUAUGUAAAAAGCACACUUGCGUAUGGUCUCAACUUCUUGCGGUCAAGCAAAGCAGGAUGGACGUUAACAGGGUAUAGUGAUAGUAGUCACAAUGUUGACAUUGAUGAUGGAUGA